UCUUUGAAAAAUGAUGAGCAAUCUUCCAAAACCGAUGUUCAGAAGCUUCUGGAGUUAGGCCAGAAACAAAGGGAAGAAAUGAAGUCUCUUCAGGAAGCUCUGCAGAAUCAACUUAAAGAGACAUCUGAGAAAGCAGAGAAACACCAGGCCACAAUUAAUUUUUUGAAGACUGAAGUGGAAAGAAAGAGCAAAAUGAUCCGUGACUUACAGAAUGAGAAUAAAAGUUUGAAAAACAAAUUAUUGUCAGGAAGCAAGCUGUGUGGGAUUCAUGCAGAAGAGUCCAAAAAAAUUCAAGCCCAGCUGAAAGAGCUUCGUUAUGGGAAGAAAGACUUGUUAUUUAAGGCCCAACAGCUCACUGAACUGGAACAAAAGCUAGCUGUAGCCAAAAAUGAACUUGAGAAAGCAGCUCUUGACAGGGACUCACAAAUGAAAGCAAUGAAAGAGACUGUACAACUCUGCCUGUCAUCAGUUUUCCGUGAUCAGCCUCCUCCUUUGAGUCUCAUCCCAUCAAAUCCAACCCAGAUGUUGCAUCCACCCAGGACAAUUGCUUCCAGGAUUCCAGAAACAAGGACAAAAAGCAAGGCACAACAAAGUUCUCCAGGACACCAUGACAACUCUCGAGUUCAGGCAACAAAAGAAGAGAGUAGGAGAUCCUCUGUGUGUGGUCCUCAAGAUGAGAGUAGUUCCUGUUUGGUAAAGCAUGAAGGAAGUCCCCAAAGUAACAACACUGCAGAAUCAGAGCCCACAACACAGAAAUUACAAAUGCCUCUUUGUUCCGAGUGUGAGAAAAAGGGCCCAGAAAAACCAUCAGCCAAUUUCGAUGGGACUCCAGCUAGAGAAGAAAAGCUGCUGUAA